AUGUCGAAUCCAUACAUGUUCAACAGCUACCAACAGUACUCGCCUCAAAUGAACAAUGCUCAGAUGAACACUUCACCUACUUUUGCCAACUUACAAUAUCACGGCGGGUCGGCACACUCCACCACCAGUAGCUCCUUGUCGUCGUCUUCCUCGGCAGCUUCGUCAGUCACCUCCAACUACUCUUUACAUAAUUCCCGGUUGAGGUACUACUUGUCGAAGUCCUUUGACGCUGAAGACGAUAUGGAGUUCUGUCCAGACAUUCCUGAGUCGUUCAACUCAAACCACAUUAAAAAGUUCAAUCCUUACACUGCCAGCGUCUUUGCGCCUACGGCUCACCCUGGCGAAGCUCCAGCUCUGCCAACCGCUUCAUCUGCUGAAUCUCCAAGAACAAACACUCCGAGAACCAGAAAGCCCGUUGAAAUCGUGAAUCCUCAUACUAAAGUGAGGAUUGGCUCCCCAGCAACCCAUAAGUAG